CUUCACCUUCCUUCGCAAUGAAAAUGAAAAUGGCUGACAGUAACUCAGCGGUUCUGCGACGAAAUCGCCCAGGAACAAAGGCUGAAGACUGGUGUAAUUGGAGUGAUGAAGCAUUUGAAGAGAUGGAUAGCACACUGGCUGUACAACAGUUUAUACAACAGGCCAUAAGGAAGGAUUUUAGAAACAUUGAUGAAAUCUUGACCCCUCCAGAGGGAAUAGAGGAAGGAGUUUGGAAAUAUGAACAUCUAAGACAGUUUUGUAUGGAACUAAAUGGACUCUGUGUGAAAUUACAGACUGAAUGUCAACCAGAGCAGUGUUCACAAAUGACAGCUACAGAGCAAUGGAUAUUUUUAUGUGCUGCUCAUAAAACACCCAAAGAGUGUCCAGCCAUUGACUACACCAGACACACACUGGAUGGAGCAGCAUGUCUACUUAACAGUAACAAAUAUUUCCCCAGCAGGGUUUGUAUAAAGGAGUCAUCAGUAAACAAGCUGGGUUCUGUAUGUAGAAGGGUAUACAGGAUAUUCUCUCAUGCCUACUUUCAUCAUAGAACCCUAUUUGAUGAGUAUGAGAAUGAAACUUACCUGUGCAGGAGAUUCACAAAGUUUGUAACAAAGUAUAAUCUUAUGUCCAAAGACAAUUUAAUUGUUCCAAUUCUAGAAGAUCAAAAUGCCAUCGAUGGAGAGAGUGAAGCCUGAUGGAAACUUAGGAUAUUAAUUAUAAUCAG